UUGUAUAUCGUGGACGCCGCUCAGGUUGGCCCGAUACGCACUUUGAUUUUCCCGCUAUUACGUAAUUUUCGUUUUCGCGCCUGUGCGCUGGCUUUAGCGCGAGAAGCACAAUCUGCCUUUACCUGCGAAGCGCACACCUAUGCUGACGUGACUACACGAGAACGCGCACAGCCUGCUAGUCUCUCUCUGAUAGGAACCGCCCGCCCCUAAUGAGUUCAAGGCAGCCUGCUUGAGUGACCCAACUACAAAAGAUAAAGACUUUCCAUAUUCAACCUUGGUUUCAUGUCUGUUGCAGCUCUUCUAAUGGUGUGGCAUUUAUGUUGAGUAAACAAGUAUCUCUAAACAGACACGGACAUUGCAAAUAAGGAGUAGGAAGCUGUGCCUGACCAUGUCGCAGAGGCACUCCGAUGGUUCAAUUGGGGACCAGGCCCCUCUUCUACUGGAAAGCAAAUUUGCAUCUGAUCUUCAUUUAGAAACACAGACUGGUGCACGUUCUAAAUCAGCCUUAAGGCCAAAGCAACAAUCUGUGGGAUCAACUUUGAAAGUUGACCGUCCUACGUCACAGACCUCUCUUAGUACUGAUGAGAAUGAUAAGAAAGUUGUCUUGAGCACCGAAAGUCAAGCAGCACUACGGCGUGGCACUCAGCAGCUUAUCCCAAAGAACCUGGCUGUGGCUAGUCGGCCAAAACAUCGCUACCAUACAACUGUAGUGACAAUGCCAGUUCCAGAAAGUGAGCCGGAGAAAGAUAAACGGGUUUCUGCCCCAGACCUUGCCUGGGAGGACCAUUUCCAUGAGGAUAUGGAGGAGGAAGGAGGCAUGCUAAAAAGGAAUCUUCGUAACCAGUCCUAUCGUGCUGCAGUGAAAUUCUUUGACUGUGGAGAUAAAGAAGCAAUGAAGUUGAACACUUCACUAAAGCCAGUUACAGAGGAGAAGGCUUCUUCACCACAGGUGUCAUCCAAAUCCAAAAAAACUCUGACAAGGAAGAGGAAUGCAAAACAUGGUUCCUUCAAAGACGAACCACGAUUGUAUCAGGAGAUCCGAGAACGAGGUUUGCAUGCAAGCAGCUGUCAGGAUGCAGAUGAUGACCUGUUGGAUGACUUUGUACAUGUUGAGCACCCUGAACCAGAUGAAGGCAUUGUUGUCAAGAGCUACAGGCCAGCACAUAUCACUUGGAGCCAGCUACCCCAGGUCCAGGAGAUGGGUAUACUGGAAAAUAUCUCACCUGAGGAACGCAAACGUCAAGAAGCCAUUUUUGAAAUCAUAACUUCAGAGUACUCCUAUCAACACAGUUUAGACAUCCUUGUGCGUCUAUUCAAAAAAUCAGAAGCUCUGAGAAAGACACUUGCUGUCAUUGAACAUCAUCACCUUUUCUCAAAUAUCUCUGACAUUCUGGAAGCUAGCAAAAAUUUUUUUGAAGACCUUGAAAAGCGCCAUCGUGACAACCCUUUCAUCAAUGACAUCAGUGACAUUAUGGAGUACCAUUCCACAAACACAUUCAAACCAUAUAUUAUAUACUGCUCUAAUGAAGUCUACCAGCAAAGGACUUUGCAAAAGCUGCUGGCAAGUAAUAUGCCUUUUAAGGAUGCUCUGAAGAAAAUUGAGAUGAUGCCAGAAUGUGGUGGGCUCCCAAUGAUCUCAUUUCUUAUACUGCCAAUGCAAAGAGUGACCAGAUUGCCUCUGCUCAUGGAUACAGUUCACCAGAAAACAAGUAAACAGUCGCCAGAGUUUGAAUCUGCUGCCUCAGCCCUGAAAGCCAUUAGCAAGCUUGUCAGAAAAUGCAAUGAUGGGGCAAGACGAAUGGAAAAGACUGAGCAGAUGUAUACAAUACAGAAACAGCUGGAGUUUGGCAAAAUCAAGCCAUUCCCCCUGAUUUCUGCAUCACGAUGGCUGUUGAAACGUGGAGAAUUGGCUGCCUGCAUGGAGGAACUCAGCAUUUUCUGGAAGGCCUUUACCAACAAAACCUACUACCUCUUUUUGUUCAAUGAUGUGCUUAUUGUCACAAAAAAGAAAAGUGAGGAGAGCUAUUUGGUAUUGGACUAUGCCACACUACAGCACGUUGAGGUAAAGGCACUUGAGCCCAAUGAGGUGCAGCAGUCCCCUACUUCAAAGGUUGCUAGUGGGACACCCCGCAGCGCUACUGGACUGCACUUGUUCAGAGUGCUGAUGAAGAAGAACAGUGAAGGCCGAGAAGAGCAGAUUACUUUGUCAACUGACACCCUGAGUGAUCGCGCUCGAUGGGUCAGUGCACUGCAGCACCAGCAAAAUACAAGUAGAAGCACCACAAACAAAGAAGACUUGCCACAAGUGGAAGUUAUCAAGGCCUACCUAUCUAAACAGCCCGAUGAGCUAGCUCUCCAGCAGGCUGAUGUAGUCACAGUUUUACAGAAGGUUGAUGGUUGGUACCAGGGUGAGAGGUUGCGGGAUGGAGAGAGAGGAUGGUUUCCUGACAGCUGUGCAAAGGAGAUUACUAAUCGCGUUGCUGUAGAACGCAACGUACGACGCAUGGAGAGGCUACGCAAAGAAACAGAUGUGUGAAGCAGAUAGGCCACAACAAUAUGCCAGUGUGCUCAUUUUUGCAAGAUAAUCAUAACAAGGAUGACAACAGACUUGAACAGAUGCACCCCAGAAUUGUGUUUGCUAGUGUUGCGUAAGCUAAAGGAUGCUGGGUAUUUUAAUGGUGACAGCAAUAAUGGAAAUUUAAAGCUUUUCCCUCUGUUGCUGUUCUGCAUAAUUAUUAGCAUCAUCCUAUCUUGUAUGGCCAUAGGAACAUGUGGGUAAGUUAUUUUGUCUUGGGCUAUGGAUUUUAGUUUAAAUCAGAAACUGGAAAAGAGUACCACAGCGAGAUGGGAAGCCAGCCUGGCUGUAAGCAGAGAUACUUAUCUCUGAAUUAUUUCUGAGUGAAAGAGAGUUUCCUUGCAAUAUGAAUUUCAUCUUUGAUAUAUUUGCAGUAGAGUGAUUCUUAUAAUCGCUGCCAAAGCACUGCCUGAAAACAUUUUAAUAUUUAGUAAAAACUUCAUGUACAGUAUGUAUUUCAAAUCCGAGUAACUAUAAAUCUUUGGGGGGUAGAUAUGUGUGCAUAUUCAAGAGAUUUUGGGGGUUUGGGGAAAGGGGGGGUGUUAUGUAAAUACAAACCUGUCUCAGUUCGUGGCAAAAUGUCCUUGAACAGUUUUGAAACCAACUUUGACAUGUCUGUAUGUGGGGUGGGUAGGGAUUGUGACCAAUGCAGAAUUAUCAUUUCAAUUUGUGGACUAUGCCAAGUAAGGCCACUUUAUCAGAAAAGAGGACUAUUUUAUUAAAUAUGUCACAGUGUGUUAUCUGAACAGUCACACCGUGGUUUUGAUCAUUUAUUUAAAUCCAAUAAUUAUGUUAAUUGCAAAACUGAAUUUUGAUAGGAAAAAAAUAAAAUACUUCUGUAUUGUUAAAUUUUUUGCAUUGUUAGGGGGGACUGGUCCUUCUGGGACUUUAAAAACUGUAAUUUAAAAUUGAAUUUGCACAAAUAAAGCAGUUUCAGAACAAGAGCUGUAGAAUGUUA